UAUUCUGUCAGGAAUAAAUUUACCGUGGACCACACAGACUAGGUAUUUAAAAAGUGACAUCCCUCCCAUUAUUUUACACAGCAAAAGCUGAUAUGUGUACUCAGGUGUCAGCUGGGAGGAGUUUGUGUCAUCUGCUGCCAGCUGAUAGAGAAGAUCUCCCUCCCGCUGAGGGCCUCACGCCGUCUUCUGCUCACUUCCUGCAUCCAUUGAUCUUCAGUAGCUUCACCGCAUCAUGGACGACGACAGCAAAGCAAGCGAGGACCGAGAGGCGGCGUCCUCUACUUCCGAUGGUGUCCCCUCGGAGACCACGUCCGGAUCAGACUCAGGCGAGGAGAUGGUGGCGCCGGCGCCGUUGUUGACAUCGGACGGGGAAGAGGCGGCCACGAAGGCAGUGGCGUCCUCGCCGGACGGACGCUUCCUCAAGUUCAACAUCGAGAUCGGCCGAGGAUCCUUCAAGAACGUUUACAAGGGCCUGGACACGGAGACCACGGUGGAGGUGGCCUGGUGCGAACUGCAGACCCAGCGUCUGACCCGCGCCGAGCGUCAGCGUUUCGAAGAGGAAGUGGUGAUUUUGAAGGCGCUCCAGCACCCCAACAUCGUUCGUUUCUUCGACUCUUGGAAGUCGGUGCUGAACGGUCACAAGUGUACCGUCCUGGUGACCGAGCUCAUGACGUCGGGGACGCUCAAGACCUAUAUUCGUAGAUUCCGCCCCAUGAAGCUGAAGCUGCUUCAGCGUUGGAGCUUCCAGAUCCUUAAAGGUCUUCACUUCCUGCACUCGCGAAGCCCUCCCAUCCUGCAUCGCGACCUCAAGUGCGACAACGUCUUCAUCACCGGACCGUCGGCCUCCGUCAAGAUCGGGGACCUCGGCCUCGCCACCCUCAAGAAAGCCUCCUUCGCCAAGAGCGUCAUCGGAACCCCUGAGUUCAUGGCUCCCGAAAUGUAUGAGGAAAAAUAUGAUGAGGCGGUGGACGUCUACGCCUUCGGAAUGUGCAUCUUAGAGAUGGCCACUUCUGAGUAUCCCUACUCGGAGUGUCAAAACGCCGCUCAAAUAUACCGCAAAGUCACCAACGGAAUAAAGCCAGACAGCUUCUCCAAGGUGACGAUUCCCGAGCUAAAGGAAAUAAUCGAGGGAUGCAUCCGCACCAACAGCAGUGAAAGGUUCACCGUUCAGGAUCUUCUGGACCAGCGCUUCUUCCAGGCUCAGCUGGGCGUGUACGUGGAGCUGGCCGAGGAUGACGACGGCAGUAAGUCGGCGCUGAUGCUGUGGCUGAGGAUGGACGGGACCAAGAAGUUUCACGGCAAGUACAAAGACAACAACGCCAUCGAGUUCCUCUACCAGCUCCACAACGAUGUCCCUGAGGUGGUGGCCCAGGAGAUGGUUGUUUUGGGCUUCGUGUCCGAGUGUGACUACAAGCUGGUGGCGAUGGCCCUCCGAGACGGCGUGACCGUCAUUAAGCGCCAGCGAGAGAAACGCCGGCGAAUGGCCGAAGAUGCCGCCCAUCAACAAGAGGAGGCCGCCCGGCGACAGGAUGAUGCUGCUCAGCCGCCUCAGACAUCUAAUCAGCAACGAGGGAACUCUGACCCGCCAUCCGGGCUACAAGCCCCACCCACUACCGCAGUGACGUCAUCCGUCGGAAGCCAGGCUCAGCAUGUGAGCGACAAGACAGCCGCCGCAGCGAACCGCCUGACUGACGGAGUGGCAGAAGUCCCGCCUCUUCCAGUUGCGUCUCCUUCUCAGCAGAACAGUUACGCCCAGCCGCCUAGGACCCGGCGCUCAAAGGCUCCGCCCUUUCCAGUGCUGCGCUACCCAAGGAGCCUUGCGGUUUCGCAAUACGAGCCCACACAAUCGCUACACGGGUUCUCCUCACCUGCGGACAGUUGCGCUUCUGACGUGACAUCGGGUUUGAGUGACUGCAACGAAGGCCAAUCAGAGAAGAGCUUCCAGGAGGUGACUGAGCGCCAUCCCGACAGGAAAUUGAGGAAACAGAUGAAAGCGCAGCUGAGGCUGACGGGGGUUUCCAACAUGGCCGACCGCGUGGUGGAAUGUCAGCUGAAUACUCACGACAACAAGAUGGUGACCUUUAAAUUUGACCUUGACGGUGACGACCCCGAAGACAUCGCCUCUGUAAUGUUGCACAGAGACUUCAUCUUGGCCAGCGAGCGAACGGUAUUCAUCCUGCGCAUGUAUGACAUAAUCAGGAAGGCGGAGUCUAUGAUGAUGCAACAGAAGCAGACUAGGAUGACGGCCGACCGCUCCUCCAGGACGCCGUCCCGCAACGAUUUGGCGGAGGCUGAGCCGCCCCCCUCCAAAGAUGUCAAGCCUGAACCUGCACCACCACCACCACCAGUGCAGUCUUUCUACCAUUCCUCAACCCCGCCACCUCUCCACGCAGAGGCCCCACCAUCCCCCCAGUAUCCUCAUCCGUCCCAGGUGUACCCUGGGUACGCAUCACCCACCGGUAUCCCGCCUCAGUGGCCGUCCGCCACCGCUUCCCAGGUUACCCCGCAUGUGGGCGCCACCCAUCAAUGGCCACAACCCACGUCCCCACCACUUACCUCCCCUGUGAGCGCCCCCCCUCAAUGGCCGCCCCCCGACCAACCCCUCUUCUCUUUGGCUAACAUGAUGUCAUUAGCCAUGACCAUGGCCCGCUCCUUCCUGCCCCCCAGUCAGAGCUACCACCCCGCUAGCCCCCCGCCCUUCACACCCCCUGUCAGGCCCUUCUCGCCACCCACAUCACCAUCUUUGGGUCGCGCCUCCUUCCCGGCAACUCCGCACUUAGGGACAGGCGGCAGCCAGCAGGGUGGGCCACGCAACUGGAACCCAGCAGAGCUCAGGUACCCCUCACCCCUUCCGCCUCAUGAUUCUCCCCCACGGCCACUGACGUCCCCCUCAUUGCCGGCCCCGCCUCCUCAACAAACGCAAGGGCAGCCCAGCGUCAGGACAUCACACGGACCGCCGGCCACACGUGAAGCGAUGACUCCGCCUACCCGUAACGUGGGUCGCUUCCACGUGAGCAACUCGGAACCCCAGAUGGCACGCUCGCCACCCCCGUCUCAAAUGAGCCGAUCGGAGAGCUCUGAAAGCGUCUCUGAGGAAGAGAGCCAAUCGGAGAGCAGUUGCUAUAGCGACACGGGAGAAGGGUCGGAGGGCAGGAAGAGGAGAAGUGGUCGUAAACUGGCGGGCGCCACGUUGGAGGGGCCGUCCCCCAAUCAAUUGCGGAGCCGCUCGUACGUCACGUCCGACGAUUCCGAUAAUGACGACGACACGUGGGACGAGCUCAAGGAAAUUCGGGAAAGACACAUGCUGGAGGUGCGCCGCCUGCAGGCCAAUCAGAAGCGAGAGAUGGACGAGCUGUGUCAGAGGAUAGGGAAAGCUCCGCCCCUUGGCGCUGUCGCUCCGGCUGCCAUGUUAAAUCAACGCAGGCUACACAGGCCAGAUGUGUUGCCCCCCGCAGGUAUCCUGAGAAGGCGCUCUCUGGAGAGGGCCGGCAGAGUGUCGUUCGUGCCAGGACACACGUAUGUGCCCGACACCAACCUGAGUGUUGAAGAAGAAACGUGAUGAUGGCUAAUAUGUUCUUCAGUUUCUUCCUGUGGAAGAGCGCUCGUAGCUGUUUAAAGCGAAAGGUUGUGCUUGCUAACUGAGAGAAUGCGCCAAGACGCGCUACGGAUGCUAACCUCCCUAAUGAAGCUAGCCAUGCAAACAGUGCUACGGCUUCUUGCCUAUAACACCUGCGUCAUCUGAGAACGACACGAUGGGCGGAAUUUAUUAAAUUCCAGCGGCGAACGUGGCCGAACGCUGCAAUGUUGUGUUGUCCUUUCAACUUAAGCUAAUUAAGUUGAUUUAACUCAACAGACAUUGCUCCGAUAACAUUACCUGUUAGCUGCUGUGAGCGACCCUCAGUUAAAGACAUCAAAUUCAUUUCAACUAGGAUGGCUAGCAUUGAGUGGUCAUACUUCGCUGCCAUUGACAGCAAUAGGCUUCCAAUCCAACUUGACUGAAUCACUGUCAUCCCUCCCAGUCAAAAUGGAUUGGUCAGUGUCACCCAACGAGGUACAAAUCGAUAAGCUUGAUUAAUCGAUUUUGAACCGAAACCGUCUUUUCUGGUUAAAACGAUGUUAAAAUCGGUACGUUCGCUUUUCAAAACCGCACCAUUUUGGUUUAUCCAAGCUGCCGUAGUUUACUCUGCAUUUCCACUUCCUCUCACGAGAAACCACACCAUUUUUGUUUAUCAAAGCCGCCGUAGUUUCCUCUGCAUUUCCGGUUCCUCUUACGAGAGCGCACCGUCUUAACAACAACCAUGGCUACCGGCAAUUCUGCUUUGGACACAAAUUGCAUAACGCCAUUAGUAAGUGUAUUAUCUCAUGAUGUACUAAGUAUUGUUGUAUAUGUAAAAGGAUUGCAGUGGAUUGUCAAAUAAAACAUGCAGCUCUGAAAUGUUCAACACUUCCUUAUUUACUCAUGUACAACACAAUGACAGUCAUUUUGAUAAUUGUGCAAGUUCUCCCACUUGAAAAUAUUA